AGAUCCAUUUCAAAUCUGUUGCAACACUUGAAGAAUUAGCUUCAGUCUCAACACAUCAAGAAUCAUGAUGCUCUUCCUGAAACUCAGCCUCUUCACCUUAAUUAUUUCAGCUCCUGGCUUAAUGGUUUCUGGAGAGAAUAUGAUUACCUGUUACAGUGAUGUCCAAAGACUCACGUGUGAAACUGGACUGAUAAAAGUGAAGUCUACUGUGUACGGCCGUACGAACAGCAUAACCUGUAAUACUAAUCGUCCCUUUUCUGAGGUUACUUUUACCAACUGUGCCUUGAGGAUUACCACUAUCGCUGAUAGAUGCAACGGACUAAAAGAAUGUGAGUUAAAAACUGAUUUACUUGGCAACCCCGACCCAUGCUUUGGAACCUACAAGUACUACAACACCACUUACGACUGCAUCAAUGGCCAUCGUGUUGUGAUCUGUGAGCAAGGCUACAGCACACUGGACUGUGGAAGUGAUUCUAUUGAGAUCAUAAAUGCAAACUAUGGGCGGGGAAAUUCUAGAACCUGUUCAAAUGGAAUCCUCAGUUCUCAGACCCAGAACACCAACUGUUACGCUCCAAACACACUCUCAAUUGUGGCUGCAAUGUGUAAAGGAAAGAAGACUUGCACUGUAGAAGCUUCAAACACCAUCUUUAACGAUCCUUGUGUUGGGACUGUUAAAUACCUCACUGUGUCCUACAUCUGCACUAGGGAAAUUGUGACCUGUGAAUCAAGUACUGCUACACUGAACUGCGGUGCUCACCGUAUAAAGAUCAUCAGCGCUAACUACGGCCGAACCGAUUCCACCACAUGUUCUUCUGGACGACCUGCCAGUCAGACUUCCAACAAAAACUGCUAUACACCUGAUGCACUAAAUAAAAUUGCAGCUAGAUGUGAAGAACAGAGCAGCUGCGAGGUGCCUGCUACAAAUGUCGUCUUCUCUGACCCCUGCUUUGGCACCUAUAAGUACCUGACAAUUGUGUACUCCUGUGUUAUGCUGGUAAGGGAACACGAGGCGAGCUCCAGGGUAUUCUACCCAGGAUUUGUAUAUAUAGAGAGAUCAGUGCCAGUGGUGCAGCACUUCAACACAUCCAACAGCAUCUACAUCCAUCAUCGCUGCUUCAACACAUUCAGCAUCAUGAUGCUCUGCCUGAAGCUUACACUACUCACCUUGCUUAUUGCAGCACCUGGGCUGCUUGUUUCUGGAGAGAAUGUGAUUACCUGUGAUGGUGAUAUCCAUCGCCUCACUUGUGAUCGUGGACUUAUAUGGGUGGAGAAUAGUUUGUAUGGCCGUACGGAUAGUUCCAUCUGCAGUACUGCACAUCCCCCUCUUCAGGUUACUGAUACCAGCUGUUCCACGAGUAUUUCCACUAUUGCUGAGAGAUGCAAUGGACUAAGUGCAUGUGAGGUAAACACGGCUGCACUUCAGACAUCUGACCCAUGUAAAGGAACCUACAAAUACUACGACACCAGUUACAGCUGCUACGAUGCCGAAACAACUGUGAUCUGUGAGCACAGCUAUUCCACACUGGAAUGUGCUCAAGGUGGAUAUCUUCAGAUCAUAAAUGCGAACUUCGGGCGUUCUGACUCUACAACCUGUUCAAGUGGACUCCCCAGUGGUUUGACCAAGAAGACCAACUGUUAUGCUUCGAACACAUUGUCAACUCUGGCGACACUGUGUAAUAACCAGCAGUCUUGCACUGUAGAAGCUUCAUCCACCAUCUUUUCAGAUCCUUGUCCCAACACUGCUAAAUACCUCAGUGUGUCCUACAUAUGCUAUGAGAUCUAAGAAGGCAGUAAUGCUGCGCCACUGUGUGAUUAACUAGAGGGACUGCAGCUUUCUCCCCAGUGGCCUCUCUUCUGUCUGAAAGGAAUCAGCUUUAAAUAUGCAACCAUGCACAUGAUAAAGUGCAGGUGUCUG